AUGGCUCCGGGGAACCACAGUGCCGUCACGGAGUUUGUUCUCCUUGGGCUGUCUGCUGACCCCCACGUUGAGGCUCUGCUCUUUGUGUUCUUCCUGCUGAUUUACAUUCUGACCAUAAUGGGGAACCUCAUGAUGCUGCUAGUGAUCAAGAGUGAUUCCCGUCUCCACACGCCCAUGUACUUCUUCCUGAGCAAUCUGUCAUUCCUAGACCUCUGUUUCUCUUCUGUCACGGUGCCCAAGCUGCUGGAGGACCUCCUGUCGGAGAAGAAAACCAUCUCAGUAGAGGGCUGCCUGACACAGGUCUUCUUCGUGUUUAUCACAGCAGGGACUGAAGCGUUCCUGCUAUCAAUGAUGGCUUAUGAUCGCUAUGCCGCCAUCUGCCACCCACUGCUCUAUGGUCAAGUGAUGAACAACCAACUCUGUGUGAAGCUAGUGUUGACCUCAUGGGGCCUGGCCUCUCUCAAUUCAGUUGUCAUUGUGCUUUUGGCUGUUAACCUAGACUUCUGUGAGGUCCCAACUAUACACCACUACACCUGUGAGCUUCCCUCACUCUUGCCUCUGUCUUGCUCUGACAUCUCCAUCCAUAUUGAUAUCCUAAUCUGUUCGACUUUACUGCAUGGGCUUGGAACCUUCUUCCCAAUUUUCAUCUCCUAUGUCCGUAUUAUCUCUACCAUCCUGAGCAUCAGCUCCACCACAGGCCGAAGCAAGGCCUUCAACACCUGCUCUUCCCACCUAAUUGCUGUGAUCUUGUUCUUUGGUUCAGGCUUGAUUCGCUAUCUCAUGCCCACCUCUGGCUCCUCCCUUGAUUUGCUGGCUUCGCUGCAGUACAGUGUGGUCACUCCCAUGCUGAAUCCCCUCAUCUACAGCCUAAAGAACAAGGAUGUGAAAGCAGCUUUGAAAAAGAUGCUGGAGAAGGGUCUGUGA